AUGUCCUUUCUUCGCAAGACCUCGGACCCUUCCACCUUCUUCCCCAUCUUCCCGACUUACCUCCUCCCUUCGAUCCCGUUCCGCCGUAAGUCGCGUCAGUCGAGCACCGACAGCAAUGUUUCCGACGACACUACUGCCUCGUCCUCUUCGAACCCGUUCACUCGAAGCCCGACCCCGAUACCCGUACCCGUCUCAUCCGCCUCAUCUACUGUGGUGCCACCAGAGGACAAGUUCCUCAAUGGCCACAGCUCUCACAUCCAAUGCGCCAAAUGCUCCACUGAUCUGUGCCUGACUUCACAGAUCAUCAGCAAAGGCUUCAUGGGCAGACAUGGCCGUGCAUAUUUGGUUCAAGGGACAACAAGCCACAUCCACACCAUGACCCCCUCGUUGCCCAAUACAUUUCAGAACAAGUCCAUCUCCCGAAAUCUAGUGACGGGGCAGCACGUCGUCAGCGACAUCAGCUGCGCAAUCUGCGGGAGUAUCCUCGGAUGGAAAUACGUUGAAGCCAGCGAAGAAAGCCAGAAAUACAAGGUUGGCAAAUUUAUCCUCGAGACAAAACGCAUCCGCAUCAACGUCUCCUGGGAGAAUGAGGAGGACCAGACCGGGCCCUACGCGUAUGACGAAGUCCUACCACUUCCUCCUAGGGAACUGAGAAAGCUGGUUGAUCGUGCAGCCGACUCGACUGACGACCUCGAAUUCGACUCGCAAGAUGAGGACGAAUGCGAGGAUCUUUUCGCCGGAGUCUGGAGCCCUCAACUCGCCGCUAAAAGGCGGCAGAGGAAGCGGGAGCGGUUUGGCAGGCGGCCCGUGGGCAGUCUGAUCAACUUUGGUGCUGCCAGCAGUACCGAUACUCUCUCUUAA